CAUCAGCAAUUCACGCUCACUUUUUAACUGUUUUCACAGACAAAUGUUUACCUCCUAUCUUUUUCAAAAUCCAAUCAAUCUUGGAUUUCUUUUUCUUAUCGUUUUCCAAAAAUUCAUGCCAAACCUAACUAACCCAACCGUCCCUUUCUCCUCUCUCCCUCUUUAAAAAAAAAGAAAGCCCUAAAAACACACUCUCUCUCACUCCUUUUCAUUUCCCCUGUAAUUUCAAAUUCCAAAUGGAAAACCUCUUCCUAUUCUUCCCAAUGUUCUUCACGAUCUAUCUAAUCGGCUACUUCAUCGUUUUCCGGAACUGGAGCCCCAAGAUCCGACCCGAAGCCGCCAGCUGCUUUAUCUCCUUUGCUCACGGCACACCGGCGGUUUUCUUAGCCACCUCCGCCAUACUCGCCGACUCGAACCGCGGGUUCGCCGCGCCGAACACCGAGCCCGAGAACUCAGUCCUCGACUUCAGCAUUUCCUACUUCACCAUGGACCUCUUCCACUACCUCGCCUUCUGCCCCGGCGACCUCCUCUUCAUCGGCCACCACCUCGCCACGCUCUUCGUCUUCGUCACGUGCCGGUACCUCGUGUCCCACGGCGCGUGCGCCAUACUCGCGCUGCUCGUCCUCGCGGAGCUGACCAGCGCGUGCCAGAACGCGUGGACGCUGGCCAGGGCGAGGAGGGACGACGUCGUUCUCGCCGCGAAACUGUACGGUCUCUUGUCCCCUCCCUUUUAUGCAUUGUAUUCGAUAGUGCGGGGUGUGUUGGGGCCGUGUUUGGUGUACAAAAUGUGUGUGUUCUACAUGAGUGGUGAGGCCAGCGGUGUGAUCCCAAUGUGGGUUUGGGUGUCUUGGAUUGUUGUUGUUGUUAUGGCUAUUUCUGUUAGUAUUUUGUGGAUUUUCAAUCUUUGGGUUGAGUUUUUUAGAGAAAGAACGGGAAAAUUGGAAAAGAAAGUAACAUAGAAAGAAUGAAUAAAAAUUUGGAAAUUAUUAGUUUUUGUUUUUGCUUUUCAAGCAAUGUAUCAAUGUAUGUUUAUGACUAGAUUCUAGAAAUAUUCAAUAAUCUAGUUUUGUAUCUUUGAUGUGGUAUUUUGGAUGAAAUGAAAGUGUUCACAAGUUUUAUCUUUUU